AUGCAGCCUUGGGACGAGCACAACAAGAAGCUGAUCUCGCAUGUGCACCCACACGAUUGGGUCAACCCGACGCCCCAGGACCGCUACCACCUGGUGGUGGUGGGCGGCGGAACCGCCGGCUUGAUCAGCUCGAUAGUCGCCGCCGGCGCCGGUGCCAAAGUGGCCCUGGUGGAGCGCCACCUGCUGGGCGGCGAUUGCCUCAACGUCGGCUGUGUGCCGUCGAAAGGAGUGAUCAGCGCCGCCCGUGCCUGGCAUACCACCAAGACCGCGGCAGAGGUGUUCGGUGCACCGCCGGCCGAUGGCGCCGGUGACUUCGGCCAGGCGAUGGAGCGCAUGCGCCGCGAGCGUGCCGCGAUCGGUCCCCACGACAGCGCCCAGCGCUUCAGCGACCAGGGCAUCGACGUCUUUCUUGGCCCGGGCAAAUUCGUCGCCUCCGACGCGCUCGAGGUCGAUGGUCAACGGUUGCACUUUCGCCGCGCGGUGAUCGCCACCGGCGCCCGCGCCGCCGCACCACCAAUCCCCGGUCUGGCCGAGGUCGACUACCUGACCAACGAGAGCGUGUUCUCGUUGACCGAGCUGCCGCCCCGCUUCGGGGUGAUUGGCGGCGGUCCGAUCGGUUGUGAGAUAGCGCAGUCUUUUGCCAACUUCGGCAGUGCCGUCAAACUAUUCGACAUGGCGCCACACGUUUUGCCGCGGGAGGACGCCGACGCCGCCGAAAUCGUCCAGCAGGCGCUGAUCCGCGACGGCAUCGAUUUGCGUCUCGGAGUGUCGAUCAAGGCCAUCGAAAAGGACGGCGACGCGAUCGUCGUGGUGGCCGAGAAGGACGGUGAAACCAGCCGGACCCCGGUCGACCAGCUGCUGGUGGCAGUCGGUCGCAGGCCCAAUACCGACGGACUAGGACUGGAAGCGGCUGGUGUCGAUUACGACAAGCACGGCGUCACCGUCAACGACAACCUACGCACCUCGAACGCCAAGAUCUUCGCCUGCGGCGACAUCGCCUCGCAGUACAAAUUCACCCACACCGCCGACGCCCAAGCCAAAAUCGUGGUGCAGAACGCGCUGUUCUUCCGCAGCCUCAAAGCCAGCUCCUUGGUGGUGCCGUGGGCAACCUACACCAGCCCGGAGAUCGCCCACGUCGGCAUGUAUGCGGAAGACGCCAAGAAGGCCGGCGUCGAGAUCGAUACCUACACCGUGCCUUUGACCGACAACGACCGCGCCAAGCUCGACGGCGAAGCCGAUGGGUUCCUCCGCGUUCACUUGAAGAAAGGCAGCGAUCAGAUCGUCGGCGGCACCUUGGUGGCCACCCACGCCGGCGACCUGCUGGCUCCACUGGCCCUGGCGGUGACCCACAAGAUCGGUCUGGGCAAUUUCGCCAGCACCAUCCUGCCCUACCCCACUCAGGCCGAGAUCUACAAACGGGUGGCCAGCGAGUGGCAGAAGACCAAGCUGACGCCGACGGUGACCAAGAUCUUGAAUUUGUGGAUGAAGAUCUUCAAGUAG